AUGCUGCGUGUGCAUGCCACUACUCUUUCUCCAAUAAGUUCUACAAGGCACGAAAAGCGUAUGGAAGGGUUUUUCGACUGUGCUGUGGAUAGGCACAGGACUUGCCACGGUAAUGGCCAUAAGUAUGAUUUGAAAAGAAUACCACACCACUUGUUGCAAGUUGCAGCAAGUGAUACAGAAAAGAAAUGCAAUAUAAAAAACCGAAACGCGUUAAUAUUGGUGAGAGAUCGCUGCGAAAGAGGGCCACAAAAUCAAAUCCUCUAUUUUCUAAAGUCGACAGUUCGUCCCGCGCCUCGUGAACCCGCGAAACGAAGAAAAAAUGCGAGCAACGCGAGAUGA